AUGACUCUUCCCACCACAGUGUCCACCAAUCUUCUACAACUUGUCGUCUCGGACUAUGUGCCCAACUCACUGAUGUAUCAUGGUCACCUCACCGGUAUUUUUAACACUCGCGUCGACAGCAGAACACCUCAAUUGGGGCCACUUAUGCAUACGACUUGUGACAUGGGAUCCAGCUCGCUGUUCUGUAUUGGUGACCUCUUCCCCACGCUUCGUGAAAGGUUUCCCAACCGAGGAGUCAUAUUUUCAUUUUCUACGAUCAAAGCGCCAGCUAUCGUCGUACGCCAGCCUGAACGAGGCGGAAUUCGCUUCCAGUUGCUCGGUUUGAUCGAAGUGGCUCUAGAAGGUGCAAACGGCGACACACCCGAUUGGAUCUAUGGAAAUCCAUAUUACUGCAACGAUGAGGAUGAGAAUGAACGCAAAAGCCGUCCGAGGGAAGGUGAACCUUGA